AUGAGAUUUCAUUUACAAGUAGAAGAUUAUGAGUUGUGGGGCAUAAUCACUGAUGAUCCAUUGUCAACACUGAUAAAGAAUGCCCAAGGUGAGGAUGUUCCAAAAACAAGAGUUGACUGCAAUGUUGAUGAUCUUAAUAAGUGGGAAAAGAAUGCUAAAGCCAAAAAAUGGCUUAUCUGUGGACUUGGUCCUGAUGAGUAUUACAGAAUCCAAGAUUGUUCUACUGCUAAACAAAUAUGGGACACAGUGCAAGUGGCUCAUGAAGGAACAAGUCAAGUGAAAAGAUCAAGAGAAACUUUGUUGUUUUCACAAUAUGAAAACUUUUCUAUGAAGGAUGGAGAAACCAUUCAGGAGAUAUACACAAGAUUCACUACUUUGACAAAUGAGUUGAGGUCUCUUGGAAGGAUUCUCACUGAAGAAGAAAGGGUUGAGAAAAUCCUGACUAGGAUUUUGCCAGUCACUUGGGAGAGCAAGAUCAUUGCCAUUCAGGAAUCAAAUAACAUUGCUACACUUUCCUUAGAUGAAUUGAUUGGAAAUCUUGAGACAUAUGAGUUGAGGAGACAAAUCAUGAAGAUGGACGUACCUAAGAAGGAAAUGAGUCUGGCGCUUAGAAUUACUGAGGGUUCUAAUUUAGAGGAUGAUGAAAUAAAAAUAAUCACCAAAGACUUCAAAAAUAGCACAAAUGAGGGUUCUGAUGAUGAUGACGAUGAACAAGCUCUUAUGGCUAUUGGAGAAUCGGAAGAAGAACCUGAUGAAGAACCUAAGGUAAAAUUCCUUGAACUAAAAGAUAAAAUCAAAUUCCUUUCUAAAGAGAGACUAUCUGAAGUAUUGUUAGCUUUAAUUGAAGAGUCUGAGGAUGUAAGUUCUGAAAAGGAACAACUAUCAAAGGAGUGUGUCAUUUUGAAAGUAGAGUGCAAAAACCUUGAAAUAAAGGCUUGUGAAACUGAAAAAGAAAAUACUGUUUUGAAGAACCAGGUUCUUGCACUUGAUGCAACUGUCUUUGAACUUAGAUCUGAACAUUUGAAAUUAAAGAAGGAACAAGAUGAUGAAGAUAUUGGGUUGAAAAGAAAUUCAAAGGGUAAAACUGCAGUCCAGCCAGAAGCUGUAUCACAGGAAGGAAUAUGUGAUGAACCAGGUCCUUCCACCCAGGGCAACUUGACAAGGGGAACUGACUAG